AUGGCUCAAGAAAAUAUUCUACAGCCACUGAUGAACUUCAGUCAUGAGGGGAACCACGGUGGAAAAGUCCUCAUGCCAAGGAUCGGUUACACCAUCUUAGCUAUAAUAAUGGCCAUAUUCUGCACUGCUGCUAUCAUCCUCAAUGUAACAGUCAUUAUAGUGACCAUUAAAUAUCGGCAACUAAGACACCCCAUCAACUACUCCCUAGUCAAUCUUGCGGUCGCUGACCUCGGUGUGACCGUCCUGGGAGGUCUUCUUACUGUGGAAACCAAUGCUGUUGGCUACUUCAACCUUGGAAGAAUUGGCUGUGUCAUCGAAGGGUUUGCUGUGGCAUUUUUUGGAAUCGCGGCCCUUUGCACCAUCGCAGUCAUAGCUGUGGAUCGUGUCUUUGUAGUAUGUAAGCCCAUGGGGACCCUAACAUUCACCCACAGGCAGGCCAUGGCAGGCAUAGCUGUCGCUUGGAUUUGGUCCCUCAUAUGGAAUACUCCACCUCUCUUCGGCUGGGGCAGCUAUCAGCUGGAAGGAGUGGAAACGUCCUGUGCCCCUGAUUGGUACAGCACCGACCCGGUCAAUAUGUCCUACAUUUUAAGCUUUUUCUGCUUCUGCUUUGCAAUCCCGUUCCUGAUAAUCGUGGGCUCUUAUGGAUACCUCAUAUGGACUCUGCGGCAGGUGGCCAAACUAGGGGUAGCAGAAGGAGGAACUACCAGCAAAGCUGAGGUCCAAGUGUCGCGCAUGGUCCUAAUGAUGAUUAUGGCAUUUCUCAUAUGCUGGCUCCCAUAUGCAGUCUUCGCUAUGAUGGUUGUGGCAAAUCCUGGCAUGUAUAUUGACCCAGUAAUAGCCACCAUACCGAUGUACCUGACCAAAACCAGCACUGUCUAUAAUCCAAUUAUAUACAUAUUUAUGAACAAGCAGUUCCAGGAGUGCGUGAUACCUUUCCUAUGCUGUGGUAGGAACCCCUGGGCCAUCGAGCCAUCUGUGUCCGCAGAAACCAAGUCCGCUAACUCGACCAGCUCCAAUUCCAGGAAAAACCAAGUGUCUCCUGCUUGA